AUGAAAACUACUGUUUUCGAUUAUACUCCUUAUGGAAUAUCCGGUCAUCCUAAUACUCCCAAAACGGAUAGAGAUGAAAGAAAAAAAGCUUCGAAAGCUUCAAAAGCUUCAAAAGCUACUGUUUCAAGAGCAUCAGUAUCAGUUCAUGCUUUACAAAAUAUUAUGGGAGUUUGUAAUUUAGAUUUGAUUAAUCUUUUAUUAGGUCAAAAAUCAAUUCGAGAAAGCCUUGUGGUAGAAAAAGGAAGAAAUGUGUCCAGUAAAGAACUAGUAAGCUGGAAUAAGCUUCCAAUACUAAGAGUUGUUGCAUCAAUUGAAGAUAAUCAAUCCGUUUUUAAUAAUUUGAAUGAUGGCUAUAAUAUUUUGGGAAUAACUGUGGAAUCAGUAUAUAAUGCACCUGAUUAUUUAAAUGAAGGAACUUCAGCUGAAGCUGCUAUACUUGUGCCUAUCUUUGGUGAUGUUGGUAACCAAUUAUAUGAUGAUUUCAAAUAA